AUGGCGCAGCAGCAAAAGAAGGAUGAGCGAUUCGCGCCGCUCAAGAACGAUCUGAUCAUUCGGGCUGCGUUCGGGCAGAAGACGGAGCGGGUGCCGGUGUGGGUCAUGCGGCAGGCCGGGCGCUAUCUGCCCGAGUAUCACGAGGCGAAGGCCGGAGCGGAUUUCUUCACUGUCUGCAGGAACAAGGAGCUGGCAUCGACCAUCACGCUGCAGCCCGUGGAGCGAUUCCCUCUAGAUGCCGCCAUCAUCUUCACGGACAUCCUGGUAGUGCCACAGGCCCUAGGAAUGGAAGUGCUUAUGCUCGAGAAGGCCGGACCGCACUUCCCUCAUCCCCUCACCUCACCCGACGAUUUGGCCAAGCUCGAUGAGCCUUCGGCUGCUCUGGAGCGCCUCAACUACGUGUUCGAGGCCAUCACUCUCACGAGGGAGCGAUUGGCCGGACGCGUCCCGCUCAUCGGCUUCAGCGGUGCGCCCUGGACUCUCAUGGCCUACAUGAUCGAGGGAGGCGGCAGUAAGAUGUUCGCCAAGGCCAAGGCCUGGUUCUACAAGUAUCCCGAGGCGUCGCAUGCCCUUCUCCAGCGCCUCACGGACACAAUCAUCAUCUAUCUCGAAGGCCAAGUCGCGGCCGGCGCUCAAUUGCUCCAAAUCUUCGAUUCGUGGGCCAACGAGAUCGGCCCUGAUGUGUUCGCCACCUUCUCCAAGCCCUACCUCCUGCAGAUCGCACGAGCCCUCAAGGCCAAGCACCCCGAGAUCCCUCUCAUCGUGUGCUCGCUGCAGGGGAACCUCGACCCGUGCGCGCUCUACUCGUCGAAGGAGGUCAUACGGGAGGAGGUGCGCAAGAUGCUCCAGAGCUUCGGUUCGACACAAGGCCUCAUCGGCAAUCUCGGCCACGGUCUCCACCCCUCACACGACCCCCAGCUUGUGGGUGAGUUCAUCGAAGCUGUUCACGAGAUUUCUGAAGAAAUGAACCGAAGCGCUUGA